GAUCCAUACAACUCCUGAAUCAUAUCUCUAUUACUCAGUUGAGAUCAAAGAGUCUGAGACAUUUGAUACAUUACACCAGGCCAGAUCCCAAUUUCCCAACUCAGACAGCAGCAACAAUCCCAUACACUCUUUUGCCAAACAAAAACAAAAAAACCAUACACUCACCGGAUCGCCACCCACUGACUGUCGUUACGACGUCGUUACAAGUUUGACUUGGUUUCGGCAUCAAAUUGCAAAGGCGAGUGCGAUGGCAUUAGAUGUUGCUGAAUUGCUGUGGAACAAGUUCUUGAAGUCUCUGGCAGAGCUAGACUCUGAGUCUAAUUCAGGUUCUAUUACCAUCUCUGUCUUCAAAUCAUCAAUAAAAGCUCUCGUGUCUGAUUUCGAAGCAAUCAAAGAUGUUGUGAAUGAGAGAGACAUAAUGCCGGAACCUUAUUCCUACUCUGAAACUAUCAAUCUGCUCUACAAACUCAACGAUGCAUUGGCUGACUGCCGAGUCUUCACACACGAGUGUAUGGAGCUUAAUAAUGUGAUCUCACGCUUCAACUUUCGAAGAUUUACUUUUGUCGCAAAGGUCAAGAGUCGGUUGACCAAAUUAAAGCAGGAGCUUGAGAACUUGCCGCAACAACCAAUUGGCAAUCCUCGGACAAAGACCGGAUUCACCGGAUCCGGACCUAAAGUACCUUCAGCCAAAGUUUUCGGAUUUGAUGAGCAAUUAAAGGAGAUUAAUGAGGAGUUGCUACAAGCAGAGGGUUCCAGUUCUAGCAGUGCUGGUGAACUGAGGGCAAUUGGGGUAGUUGGUAUUGCUGGAGUGGGUAAGACCACCCUGGUUCAGAAGGUUUUGGAGAGCAAGGAAGUGAAGCAGAAGUUUAAUCAUAUACUUUGGUUACCCUUUUCGUUGAGUGAGGAAGAAGAACAAUAUAGUAAGUUCAGCUUUGAGACAUGUAUCUUUGAUAGUAAUGGCCAAAUCAUAGAGGCGAGGAUUGUUGGCCUUGAUAAGCUCCUGGAAAGGCUAAGCCGCCUGCUGUUAUCGGAUAAAUGCUAUUUGAUUGUGUUGGAUGAUGUGUGUCAUCGGCACAUUAACAUUAUGGAACGCUUAUGCAGCGGAUUGCCCAAGCAUAAUGGUGGUGUUGUCAUUGUCACUACUAGAUUGGAGGAAGUGGCUCAAAAGCUGGGGAAACAACAUAGAUUGCAUCUGGUUCAUGUUAAGCCUCUGGACAAAGAGAUUUGUGGGCGUAUAUUUGAGGAGCAGGCUUAUUCCAUUAGAAAAAGUUCAAACUUCUCAGGUGAUGAAGCUACGAGAAAGAUGGAGGAACUCAAGGAUCAGUGCCAUGGUCUACCGUUGGUUGCGAAGACGAUAGCAAAUGCUUUUGCAGUGGGAUUUGGAGGCGACGGAUCUGAAGAGAGAGGUGGUGAUCACGGGGAGGAAGUAGGAACUUUUGAAGAAUUAGUUGAAGACGACCAGGGUUCAAGAAUUGCUGACCUGAUCCAUCAUGUUCAAGAAUCUUCUUGAAUCAUCAGUUCAGUAAUCUGCAAAGCAAGAUGUUACCAGCAUAUUUCACCAUGGUGGGGAUUUAUCAGUAGCUUCAUUUGGGUAUUUGCAUCCAUGGAACUCUUCCACUGUAGCAGACAAGUACCAACUCGGCCUUUUGCUUUCAAUCUCACCAAUUUGUUUGUCUUCACACCCAUGACAUUUGAGAAAUUGAAGAAUAGAAGGGGCAUAAGGUAGAGAGGGAACAGAACAUUGUGGAAGAAGUGGGAUGGUCCGAAAAUGUGCAAGUUGCGAAGGUGAACCCAAAACUAGCAGCCAUAAAUAAGAAGUUCAGGAUGAUUCACGGGUUACUAUAUCUUGCCGAUAUUAUGGCUUUAGCAGCCUUCCCAUGCACUCAUAAUACUUGGCAGGUAAACUCAAUCUGUAGUUGGUAAACAAAACCCAAGUUCCCCUUUAUUUGGAGAUGGGGGAGGGAAAUGUUCUGGGGUCGAGUUGAACUAUGGAUUUUAUCCAUGCAAUGAAAAAAUAGAUUGCUUGUUUGUCUAGGUGUGAUUUUCUCUCCUUCUCCCUAUUUGGCAAUGGUUGAAUGAAACCACUCAGAAUGUACACAUGCUGAUUGAAUCAUCAGUUACUUAAUGAAGUUCAUACUUGAUAAAAAGAAAAAAUACUAUAGAUUCUGGUGUUAAUCAAUACCAUAAUCAAUUCUGUGAUUGAUGAUAUUUUGUGGUUUUCAUACCCAUUCCUAAUAAGACAUGCAGAUAGAUGGAAGGGGACACAGUUCACAAGAAGAGGGAAAGAGAGAAGACAAAUGAGGAAGAUAGUAAAGAAGUUAAGGGCAAAUCCGUAGUUAAGGAGUGUGGUUUGAUUGAUUCUAUGCAGGAGGGGCUAUCAGGCCGUCGUACACGAUACAAGAAUUUUGGUAUACAUUUGAUUGAUUGAGUAAUCAGGAGUGUGCCUCUCCCCUAAACAAGGCUGAAGCUUUUGUGGAAUGCAUGCUGACAGGGAUUUGACUAGUAAUUGGGGUUGGGAAGCAUUUUCAGUAAUCUGUAUCUUAACAAUAAGCAGCAGGCCGGGAGCCUGGUAUUUGGUGUUUGUGCAAAUGGACCAUUUAAAUCCUGCCACCUCAAUCGUUGAAGGCUACUUGAAGGAUUAUGUAUCACAUGGUCUUUCACCAUAAAGGAAAUUUGGAAUUCAUUUAACUGAUUGAAGUGGCCCUAAGCUAAACUAGGUACAUGUUAUCGCUCAGCAUCUUAAAUAAUCCAAAUUCAUACUUAAAAGGCUUGAAUUUGAGCACUUUCUAGUUGUUAGAUUACUACAUUUGAUAACUAAUUUCCAUGGCAUGGGUUUUCUUGUCCCUACGUUUUUGUGGAAUGGAUGUGGAUGCUGAAUGGAAUAUAAUAGGUACAUGGGAUUUGCAAGCUUUUUGUACAAUCUGUAUCCUAACAAUAGACAUGGAGCUCGGAGAAAUGGUGUUUCUUUAGCUGUACUCAGAGUGAAAGUGAGUGGACAUCCUCUCUACGAAACUGUUCCACCUCACCAUCGUCAAAGGUAAUACCAUAAUAGUGUAGAUCGAUUGUGUUAAGCUACACCUGCAUAUAGUCCGGCCCCUUUAUUGAGAACUAUGUCCCUAAUAUUGCAAAUAUGCCCGUUGGUACUGCUGCUUUGAGUUCUAUGUUAACAUGUGUUUGAAGCUGUCAUUGAUUGCUUGGGACCUAGGGUGUUAAUAGUUAGCAGUGAUCCUUAUCCUGCUUUCUCUAUUCAGCAGAUCAAAUCUUAAAGCUUUUAUGUGUUAUAUUAAUGUCUUUCUUACUGGUCAUGUACAUCAUUUUACUACUCAUGGAUACAAGAAUUUAUAAACAUUUGAAGUAUCAUACUUGGUUUUCACAUGUAUAAUUUGUGAAUCAUAAGACUACGAUUAUGUAAUCUUUGUUCUGUUUUACUGAAAUGCGCCGCUUACUGAACAACUAAAUGAUCAGUUACUCCUUCUGGACAUUUUGAUGAACACAUUGUAUGCAGGAGCAUUUCGACUGAUUAAAGAAGCUCUUACCUAAGCUAGGCUUAAGUCUCUUGUGGAACUGAAACUGAUGGGAAUUUGAGAAGCUAUGCCUAACAUGGCUAUAUAUUUCCGAAAGUUGUACAUUGUGAGCUGCAAUGCUAAUGAUGAGAGUUCCAGUAAUUAAAGGAACUUAGAUGUCGUCUCUCAAAGCAGUUGUAGUCCCCAGAUUAAAACAUUUUACUGUUUGCUAGUUAGACCAGUGGGAAGAGUGGGAAGGAAUAAUGGGAGCAGGGAAGAGGGAAAAUACUGAAAUUAUAAUAACUUCCCACAGCUAAAACAACAUCACAAACAUCACAAACAUCACAAUUAUGAAAACUUGCUGCCAAAACACAAAUCUCCAUGGAACUGAACAGAUAGAAAAUACCAACAAGCUAGAACUUUCCAUUCAGUGACGGCCCUUCGCAUCAAAGAACAAAUAAGCUGCUCGCUAACACAGAAGAUGUAUCAGCAGCAGGCAGCAGCAGAUCAACCAACCGAUGAGACAUCAGGAGAACUAAUGUAGAAAAGUUGGUUUGAACUGAAAAAUGUAGCAUAUUUUUGUUGGUUCUAACCAAUUUUGAAUUCUGUAUAUAAAGCACAGCUUUAGUUAGAAUAUCAAUUUUGGAGAAAUGUAAAUACACCAAUCUGGCCUCUGUUUAGAAUUUUCACUUUUGAGAUAUGUAAUACACAAGUCUGGUUAGAACCCCAGCUUUUGUAAUCCAAUAAUAUUUAAGGUAUAUUACAUAUUCAGUAUGCAAUUUAUUA